UUUCUGUCUGAGAGAAAGAAGCAGCUGAGGUUAAUAUUUAAACACAACACACACACACUGAUUCAGGUUGGUUGGGCAAUAGGUAAAGAUGUUUUAAUCUUUUUUGGCUCAGAGGAGAAUCAGUAAAGAUGGGAGUUUUUGGAGAAAGACUCCAAAUGAGGAUAAAGAGGAUUGUUCUCAUGUUUCAGGGAAGUGUAUGUGUGUUUUUAUAUUUUCACUGUGCGUGUGUGUGUGUGUGUCUGUGGUAAACACGUCUGUCUAAAUGGGAACAGUGGGAUUACUGGGUGUUUUGGGUCACGCACGGUUUGGGGGGAUUUGGGGGUUUUGAAUCUACUUACCUCCUUUCACAUUAAUUAAUCAUAACAAAGAAACAAUAUUAAGAAACAAUUUUGCUCGGUAAUCGUUAUUAUUUUCCUUUUUUAAAACACAAUCACAAACUUGACUCAAAUCAAGGACGUAAGGAGGACGUUGUCAUCUCCGGUCCAGACUAAGUCGGAGGUUUGGGACUAGCUGGACCUCCGAGGCUUCUCCGUUUCACUGAGAGGGGAAGUGGUGACGAUGACCAGUGACAGAGGCUGACAGCUCAGAGGAGCAUCGAGGACGCCGAGGAGGUGGAGAGGGAGCGUCGUCGAAGGGCUCGAGAGGCUUUACGCCGGAGAAACAGCGGUUCAACACCUGGAGAGUCGUCACCGGAGAACGAGAUGCCCACUGAGGAGAACCUGUACGAUAGCGACUUGAAGCCGAGCAGCUAUCCGUCCCUGGAGGAGGACGAAGGCUUCAGCGACUGGACCCAACGCAGAGAGAAACGGAGGCAGCAGCGCCUGCAGGAGCUCAGCCAAGGAGGCGAGGAGGACGAGGACGAAGAGGAGGACCCGAUAAACAAAGCUGUAUCCGUAAAGACCGCCAAGGCCUCAAUCACGUCCUCCGGCCGACUUCAGAGACGGGAACAGGAAGAGAUAGACAGGGCCAGGAUGGAGGUGGAAAGGAGGAAGGAGCGGGAGGAGGAGGCGAUUCGAGCUGAGAGGGUGAGGAGGGAGAAAGAGAGGGAGGAAGAUGAGAAGAGGAAGACGGAGGAGGUGGUGACCAGGAGGAGGGAGGAGAUUCAAAGGCCAAAAACAGAGGUGGAGAAAAGGAAAGAAGUCAAAGUCUCCUACACAUCAAAGGUUUUCCUUCACCAAGAGCCGAAAAACAGCAACGCCAACGGAGACGCAACCGUUGACGAGGUGACGUCAUACAUCAACAACAAGGCAAAAAGAUCCACCAGCAGAGCCACGGAGCCGGAGGAGGCGGAGGCCAUCCUGGAGACGGAGCAGCGUCUGGAGAAGAUCCGACGCGGCCUCCAGAUGAAGGAGAGCCAGGAGCUGGAGCAGCUGAGACACCGACAGUCCGAGGCCGAGCAGGAGCUGGAGGAGCUGAAGAGGAGGAGGGAGGAGAGACGCCGGGUCCGGGAGGAAGAGGAGCGUCGGAGGGAAGAGGAGGAGCAGCAACGCCUGGCCAAAGAGGAGGAGGAGAGGAGACGGAUGAAGGGAGACAUCGAGAGGAGGAGGAUGGAGGCGGCAGAGAGGAUGAAGAGCCUGAGCACGUCCGGCGUGGACGGGGACGAGAUGUUCAGUCCCUUCAGUCCCAAAGCUCCCACACACAAGAUCACGGAGAGAACGGAGUGCCUGAACCGCUCGCUGAAGAAAAGUAACAGCUUUAAGAAGACGCAGCCUCUCGUCCUGCUGUCCAAGAUCGACGACAAGCUGGAGCAGUACGCCCACGCCGUGGAGAACUCCCAGGAGGCCCGGGCAGUGAAGGCAUCGCUGGCCGACCUGCCCAGCUCACCUGAGGUCGUCUCCUCCAAGAAGAACCUGUUUGAGGCCGGGGAGGCCUGGAGCCAGAGUCCCGCCAAGGCCGCAACCUGCAAGGACGCCGACGGUCUGAAGGUGGGCGUGGCCAGCCUGAUCACCCAGUGGGUAAAAGGCCCCUCUGACGGCAGCAGACAGUCGCCCUGCAAACCAACAGAUGUGAGGCCCGGAGACGUGAUGCAGAAAAAGAACAUGUGGGAGAUCAUCGGAGACUCAUCGGGGAGGCCGGGACAAAGAGCCCAGGGCUCAGCAGCUGGUAAAAAGUACAAAUUUGUCGUCACUGGUCACGGCAAGUACGAGAAGAUCCCUGUGGACGACGAGAACGGGGGAGACUUCACCAACGAUUUAUGUCAUGGUGAUUACUGAGCAGGUGUCAUCGCCUCAGGUUGUCUCCACCUUGAUCUCACAAAAACAUCUGCUGGCUAUAAAGAUGUCUUACAGAAGAAGCUCUACAACAGUUACAAUCUCACUAUUUCAUUUAUAUCCAAUAAAUCACCUUUUCUGACUCUCAGUUGGACAUGUACAAACUCAACAGCUCCAAAAUAUUUGAUCAUAAAAUGUCUACAUUUGUUCAAUUUCCUCUUUGUUUUUGUAUUUUCUGACGCUCUGUUUCUAUUAUUAUGUAGAUAUCUGACUGUGAGCUUUACCGUUCCUCUUUUUUUCUCCAGUACAAUGUUUGGAUGAAUCAUUCCUAAUGGUCGGUCCUUGUAUGAUGGUGUGUAGGGAAAUUUAAAAGUCUUUUGAAAAGAAAAAGUUUACAUUUUCCAGUUAUUUAGGAUUAAAAGAUCACACAAUGUAAUGUUAUCUUCUCUGCUCUUACACUCUGGCUAAAGAACAAUCUGAACAAUCUUGCCUAUGGACAGUUUCACAGUUCAUGCUGAUGACAGUUUAUCAUCUUCUGGCUCUCUCUGCGCAGCCAUGUACCUAAAAUGGAUUUGGUAUCUUUUACAUCACAACAACCUUUGUCACCUGGACACCUGAUGUGUACAAUCAAAUUCUAUUUCCUGUGUAUGUUUUAGUUUAACUCACUGGUUCCUUCAGCUCUGUCUCUGUCCUUUAUCAGACAUAUUUCACCUUUAAUGUUCAUUUACUGAGAUUUCUGCUUGUAUGUGUUUGUA